AUGUUUUACCUGAUCCAGCUCGUUGGAAUUUACCCUACGGCGACAGCAUGCCUUGUCGAGCGCACGAACUCGUACCAUGACUGCACGCUUAUGCUGGAAAACGCCCAUACUCGCCCGCUUCCACUGCCGGCAAUGGGCGCAUUAUCAAGCGGUGUCGUUAUGAGUCCCCUCUCUGAAGGAGACUAUCCUGCGCCAGGUACUGGUCCUGAGGCAGAACCAGAGAAAGAGGCAGACGCUUCUGCGCUGGCUUCCGCGUCUCUCCCGAGCAACAUCCGCUAUAUUGUAGCCCUUGAUCAUAGCGAGGACCGAGGCAACGACUGA